AUGACAACAGAUAGAUUCCAUAGAGCGGCCAAAGAUGGUAUUCUGAAGUUGUUGCAAGAAGCAAACAGUAAUGAGUGCAACAAUAAAGAUGAGUCUGGCAUGACGCCCACACUCUGGGCUGCCUUCGAGGGACAUAUCGAGGCACUCAAGCUUUUGUGCGCAAGAGGAGGGGAUCCAGACAAAGCCGAUUACUUCGGUAACACUGCCCUCCACCUGGCAGCCGCGCGUGGUCACAAAGAAUGCGUCACCUUCCUCAUCAACUUCGGAGCCAAUGUGUUCGCCAUAGACGUAAAUGGUCACACCGCACAACAGUUAGCUGCCAUCAAUGAAAGAAACGAUAUAUUGCAGUAUUUAGAUCAGGCAACUGCGAAAUUGGAGAAUAAUGAUAAGAAAAAAGCUAAAUCUCUAAAAGAGAAAGCACAGAAAAAAUACGAGAAAUCCCUCAAACAAUACCAGAAACGGCAGAGUAAGGCCGAGCUAAUGGCUGAGAAGGAGCUGAAGAAGAUGGCGAAGGAGUGGGACCAGGGAUAUGCUGAGGAGGUCCACACCAUGCCACAUAGGCCCAGCAACGUGCUGUGGGCGUCGAAGCAGAAGAUGGCCAGGUCUACUAGCCAUGGCAAUCUCCUAGCUGACGAUCAACCUCGGCGGACACAAAGCGAACUGGAAGGCACUGCCAACUCCGGCGCAAGAGGGCGGGGCGCGGUGCACAAGAAGGCUCUCGCUAGCAAACUGAGGAACAACACUAUUGAGAAGAAUAAUAAUGUCAACACUGAUGAUUUUAAAUUCACAGUGAUCGAGACGACAGGUCGUAGAUCAGUGACGUCGGUGAGUGGAAUCCGUCGGGAUUCCGAAGUGAUGUAUUCGAAUACCAUCCCCACGGGGCUUCAGCAGAGAGGCGAGUCUGAAGUGUUUGCUGACGAACCGUCCGAGCCCAACGUGCCUAAGAAAUCUCUUAUUAGGUCUUUAAGUCAGCCAGACCUUGCUUUGAUGAACGAAGACAGUGCUAUUGAACAAGAUAUGUUCCAAGAGCCAGCUAGUAUGUUUGAGAGACCUUGGGCAAAUGGGGUUGCCAACGUUGUGUUCAGACGUUCAAUAACAGCGAUGUUUGACAGUGGAGUGCCCGACGAAGACUUAUCUAUGGACUCUGACAGGUAUUUUGCCGCUAGACAGGCGUACCAACCAGCUAACUGGACUUCCACACAGUCAGAUAGUUCAACUAUCACAUCAGAUGAAGAAACUGAGGCUGAAGAGACAGGUGACGCCUCCCUCGAGCGGUUCCUAGCAGUGUUCGGCCUCUCCCAAUACGUGCAGAAGUUUAAAGACGAACAAAUAGACCUUGAUGCUCUCAUGAUACUCACGGAGAGUGACCUGAAGUCUUUAGGUCUCCCUCUAGGACCUCACAGAAAACUGGUGACGGCAAUCCAAGAAAGGAAACAGGCCCUAUCACACCCUGGACCUAUUAUAGACACGGCUUUAUAA